AUUCAACUACCCCAUGAUGAAACUGUGGUUUGUCACAGCUGUGCUCUCUUCCGUGGCUGCACUUCUGGCAGCUGGUUACUAUAGUGAUCGUGACGACAGUGAAUGUAGUAACAGUUGCUCUUCGAAAAGUGAUGUCUCAAAUCCUUUCACCAGGCUGGAUGAAAAAUUAGAUGAGAUCCUUGAGUAUUUGAGAGUCAACGAUCUUUACUGUAAUGGAGGUGUGGGAUUUAAACCAACACCUAAACCAGCCCCUGGACCAUUUGAGUCGUGCAAGGAAAUUCUUGAAGCUAAACGGGCCGAUGGAAACAAGGCCUACGAACUGGAAAUUGAAGGCCAAAAGACUCAAGUGUACUGUCACAUGACUGAUCUCGGAAGCUGUGGGGGAGGUGGAUGGACCAUGGUCAUGAAGAUGGACGGAAAUAAGCAUACCUUUACCUACGACAAAGCCCUGUGGAGUGACAAGAACACGCUCAACCCUCAGGGAGGAAAGACUGGCUUUGACUCACAAGAGACAAAGUUACCGACCUACUGGGACACUCCGUUCUCUAAAAUUUGUGUCGGUAUGAAGGUUGGCAGUCAAAUAAAGUUCUUAAAAAUCGAUCAAAAGGCGGACUCUCUGCACUCACUGAUCGCUGAUGGGCAACAUCGUGCUACCUCACUGGGUCGUGAUGCAUGGAAGACUUUGAUUGGCUCUGACGCUUCCUUGCAGCGCAACUGCAACAUAGAGGGGUUCAACGCUAAGGGAAGCAGUGGUCGCCACUCAAGGGCAAGAAUUGGUAUCGCUGCUAACGAGCAAAACGACUGUGGUAGCUGUGAUUCCAGGAUCGGACUUGGUACUGGAGGUUAUCCUGAAGACAGCGUGUCUUGUGGGGACGUGGUACGCCACGGAGGAGAUAAUGGAGACAAGACCAUUAAAGCCCUGGGCUACAUUUUGGUGCAGUAACACGAGUUGCACGACAGGAAGCGUGCGCACUUAUUUGAAACUUUUUACCUCAUUCAGGCUAGAUCAUUAUUCCAAUAUUUUGUGCUCGUUGGAGAACAUAGAAUGGUAAACCAUAGCAUUUGUAAUUAUUAGACAAAAGUAAAAACGAUUUCAAGGUUA